AGGAAGACCUGUCAAUUCCUCCCAAUCCAUGAGCCCAACCUCCUCAAAGUGUUUUCACAGUGUUUGUCACAGCGGUUUCACUGGAGCUAUUAAAGCGCACAGACAUUCCGACACUUGAGACAUUUCACAACCAAAAAAAAAAAAAGAAAGAAAGAAAGAAAGAAACAACCCGGGGCGUCUCAUCUCAGCCCUCCAUGCUCCUGCAAUCCGGCGGGUGUUAAGAUCCAUGGAAGUGGCCGGAUUCUACGACGAGGGCAGCUUUGCUUUCCACAGUAGAGACAGUAUUAUCAGUCCCAUCGGCGGAGGCGCACACUGGAGGCUCGGCGACUCGAUGACGGAGCUGGGUAUUGAAGAGCGGGAGAGAGCAAUAGACUUCAGUGUUUACCUGGACUCGGCUUUGCACUGUCCGCAGCUGGCGACGCAGACGCAGCAGCAACAGCACCACCAGCAGCAGGGGGACGUUUUCUCAGACUUCCUAGCGGAGAGCAAGAUCAAGAGAGUCACGGCGUUGCAGAACUACAAAAACUACACGCUGUUGAACGAGCUGGAGUCGAGCCAGUGCGACAACUUGAGGGACCCCAGGGAGUCCCAUUACGCACUGGGUUACACCGAUCUGCAGGAGACCCAGGUGGAUAGUGUCUACAGAGCUGCUGCUGCUGGUGGUGGAGCUGAGAGAGACGACAGUCAAGAAGACGCAAAGAUGGAGAACGGGUCGUCGGGUUUUGACAUGAGGUCCUACCUGCAUUACUCCACUCCCAGCGGCAGUCUUGGAAACAUCUCCACCGCGUCCUCGACCUGCUCCAGCCCGCCCGGCACACCUGCCCCGUCAGGUAAAAGCAGGUCGCCGUCGCACGGUGCCAAAAUGUCCAGCGGGAAGUCAAAGAAACGCCUGGACAAGGACAGUGAAGAGUACAGGUUGAGGAGGGAAAGGAACAACCUCGCUGUGAGGAAGAGCCGAGAUAAAGCCAAAAUGCGUAACUUGGAGACUCAACAUAAAGUGCUGGAACUGGCUGCAGAGAAUGAUCGUUUACAAAAGCGUGUGGAGCAGCUGUCCAGAGAGCUGGCCACCCUGCGUAAUCUGCUGUCUGCCACCGGACAAUGUUAGGUACCUCCACUGGAGACUUCCCACGGCUCUCUGGGCUUCUGGUCUGAUCAUUUUUGGACUUGAACUGUGAUCCACUGAGCUGAACCGGUACGCUUCACAGGUGAAGACAGCGACCACCAGUUUACAAGGACACUUUGAAUGGGACUGAAGUGGGUGCAUGGAUUGCGCAAUCAUUCAUGAUUCUUGACAUGUCACCUUAGCUUUAUUCUCAGAUGUCAUUUUGUGUAUGCAGUAUUUCUGUGCAGGUUUUACAUACAUGCGAGUGAAUUUAUACAUUUUUUGUCUAUCUGGAGCAGUGGUUGUCAUGGGAAGAGUUGUGCUGCAGUGAAAUGAUGCAACUCUUUGUAAUAGUAUUGGCAAUGAAUGAAAUAAGUCUAAUUAUUUAACAUUAAAAGGCAAAAUGCUUUAAUUGUACUUGAUAUUUUAUUGAAUUAAACAGAUUUAUACUUUGUUUAAACAA